AUGGAGAACAAAUUUCUUGACAAAGUAGAGGACAAUGCUGCUGUCCGUGUAUGGUCAGAGAAAACACAAUCGGAGAAAGGAGAUAGUCUAGCCAAGGGGUAUACGUCAGAGUUAUGGGACUACACCCGUAUCAGUGUGACGCAAAACAACCUUCAGGAUUUAAAGGUAGACGUGCAUUUGUUCCGGGCCAUCGCUCAGUUUUGGAACCCCGCGUAUGAUUGCUUUACCUUUGGAGGGGCUGAUUUGGUGCCCACUAUAGAAGAGUAUAUAGCUUUGCUACGUUGUCCAAAGAUCCAAGUUGAUAAAAUCUACUCUAGGGCCGUUAAUGUUCCGACCUUUAUAAAGAAGUUAAUGAACAUCACCGGAAUGAGCAAGCAAUGGGUCACAGCACGGAUCAAGCAGAAGGGGGAAAGCAAAUUAAUUUUCCCUAAGGCACUAGGGCACGUAGAUGAAGCAACCUCCGAUCUCUUUGACCGACUUGAUAAGAGAGUUACGCCCGUUCCGGCAAUUUUGGCAGAAACCUUCAGGUCAUUAAAUGCGUGUCAAAAGGCAGGGGAAGGCAGAUUCAUUGGGUGUGUGCAACUUCUACUGGCAUGGUUCCACAGUCAUUUUUGGAAAAUUGAUAAGGUUUCGUAUCGAGUUUUUUCUGAAUAUUAUUCACCAUCAAAGGAGAUAGCAGCUACACCAAGAAGAGAUGACAUUUCGGAGGAGAAAUGGCUGCUCAUUCUUCAAAAUCUCCGUGAGGAGGACGUCGAGUGGAGAGCCCCAUGGUUGUUUUCGGAUGAAAUCUUGUACCGAUGUGGUAACUUUGAUUGGGUCCCGUUACUUGGAAUCUGGGGAGUGGUUGGUUAUGCUUUAUUGUUGGUGCUGAGACAGUACAGGUCAAGAUAUAAAAAGAAGAUUCGAGAGAUAACCAGGGCAUGGGACCAAACCCGGCGGAUGAAGAGAUUAGCCGUAGGCCCGACCACGCCUCUUGAAUAUAAUGAAUGGUGGGUCAGAAGGAUCAAUGAUGACAUACCAAGGUCAAGUCAAGGAGAUAGUCAAUCGAUAGAGGAACAUUUGCGGGUUAUUCCCUCCGAAUUGGAAAUUGUGAAACGAGAUUUUGAAAAGAGGAAUGCAGAGCUCGAAAAGAAGAUUGAGCAGUUGGAGGAAAAAAAGAUGCACUUGGGAUUAGAUGUGGACAUUCAAAAGCUAGAGACUGAAAAAUUAAGAAAGGGUAAGAACACGGCUGAGGAAGAACUGGACAGUUUGAAGACGGACUAUAAAAAGUUGAGGUUGUCAAUAAGAACUGUUGGGUUAGGGAAAACUUCUGAACAAUGGCGUCAAGAGAUUCGGGAAGAAAAGGUCAAGGCUGAUGGAUGGGAAAAGAAAUUUUGA